UUGUUACGAGAUUCCGUAGCAAUUCUUAGUUUUUACUCGGAACAUUUUUUUCUAAUGUUAUUGUUAUUUUUCUAGAUUUGUAGGCGACCACCGGUACAGCCCAUCCAAACAUGCAGAACGACGCUGGUGAAUUCGUGGACCUCUACGUCCCCCGUAAAUGCUCUGCUAGCACCAGAAUCAUUGGGGCCAAGGACCAUGCCUCCAUCCAGAUCAACAUUGCUGAGGUUGACAAGGUUACUGGUCGCUUCAACGGUCAGUUCAAGACCUACGCCAUCUGUGGCCCCAUCCGUAGAAUGGGUGAGUCAGAUGACUCCAUCCUCAGGCUGGCAAAAACUGACGGCCUUGUUGCAAAGAACGUGUAAAAGAAGUGGUGGAACUUUGUAAAAUAAAAUGGAAAAAUAAAACAUU